AUGUUUCAGACAUUUAAAGAAUGGUUUUGGUUGGAAAGAUUCUGGCUUCCUCCAACAAUAAAAUGGUCAGAUCUUGAAGAUCACGAUGGACUCAUCUUUGUGAAGCCCUCUCAUUUAUAUAUGACUAUUCCAUAUGCUUUUGUCUUGAUAAUUAUCAGACAUUUUUUUCAAAAGUUUAUUGCUUCACCUCUAGCAAAAACAUUUGGCAUUAAAGAGGAAGUUCAAAAGAAGAUUACACCAAAUACUGUUUUAGAGAAUUUUUUCAAACAUUCCACAAAGAAACCAUCUCAAACUGAUAUUUAUGGACUGGCAAAGAAGUGUAACUUGACAGAGCGCCAGGUUGAAAGAUGGUUUAGGAGUCGGCAGAAUCAAGAUAGGCCUUGCAGGAUGAAGAAAUUCCAGGAAGCUUGCUGGCGAUUUACAUUUUACCUAAUUAUUACCAUUGCUGGAAUUGCAUUUCUUUAUGAUAAACCUUGGGUAUAUGACCUGUGGGAAGUUUGGAAUGGCUAUCCCAGACAGCCCUUGCUGCCAUCCCAGUACUGGUACUACAUUUUGGAGAUGAGUUUUUAUUGGUCUCUCUUAUUUAGCCUUGGCUCUGAUAUCAAGAGAAAGGAUUUUCUAGCGCAUGUCAUCCACCACCUGGCUGCUGUCAGUUUGAUGAGCUUCUCUUGGUGUGCUAAUUAUAUUCGCAGUGGGACCCUCGUGAUGAUUGUACAUGAUGUGGCUGACAUUUGGCUAGAGUCUGCUAAGAUGUUUUCUUAUGCCGGAUGGAAGCAAACCUGUAACACCCUGUUUUUCAUCUUCUCCACCGUGUUUUUGAUCAGUCGCCUCAUUAUUUUUCCCUUCUGGAUUUUAUAUUGCACACUGAUUCUGCCUCUGCACUACCUUCAACCUUUCUUUUCAUACAUCUUCCUCAACCUACAGCUCAUGGUCCUGCAAGUUCUUAAUCUUUAUUGGAGUUACUUCAUCCUGAAGAUGCUCAAAAGAAGUAUAUUCACGAAGAGCAUCCGGGAUGUGAGGAGUGAUAGUGAGGGCGAGUAUGAAGAGGAAGAAGAUGAGGAAGAGGAGGAAGAGAAGGAAGAAGCCACAGGAGGCAAAGAGACAGACCGUUUGAAGAACAGCCUUGGGGCCGACAGGCACCUCAUCCCCAAUGGUCAGCAUGGCUGUUAG